AUGAAGGAAAGUUCAUCGAAUUCUGAUUCUGUUAAAAUUACUAACUUUUCUAGUUUGUGUGCAGAGUCAGUAAGAACUGAAGAAGAGUCUAAGGAGGAUGAUGAAUCACAUCAAAGUGCUACUAAUAAUGUUGUUUCUGAUAAAAAUGAUUAUGCAUGUGAUAAGAAUGACUGUGUUGAAAAUGCUGAUAAUAUUGUGAAUGUUAAGAAUGAUGUGGCAGGAGAGUCUGAUGUGUCGUCUGAGGAAUUCGAAACAUCACUUUCAAAUAACUCAGAAAACCUUUCUGAUAAUUCGGAAUACCACACCUGUACGUCGGAGUCAUUAAACGACACAUCAGACGCUCCCUGCAACAAUGAUGAUUUUGAAGUAACUAAUUGUGAUAAUGAGAGAUUUACUGUUGAACAGGGAUCAUCUGAUGAUCUUGGCAAUCAAUUAGAGGAUUCAGGGAUUCCAGAUAAUGAACUUAAAUCUUCGAAUGUUUCUGAUUGUGACAGUCAAUCAGAUUCUUGCAGCAUUGCUAGAGAAGAAAGUCAAGUUGUCUUCGACACAGACUACUCAUCAUCUGAAUUACCGGAAUCGUCUAAUGCCGAGAACUCAGAGGUUGAUCAGACUAAAGAAGAGACAUCCAUAGAGUCCAAUUCUGCAGAAAUCCAUGAAAACAUGAAACCUAUGGAGAAGGAAUCCAUGGAAAUUGAUUCCAUAGUUGAAUCUGAUGAUGAAACUAUAGAAGAAAUUAUUAUGGAAACUUUAUCUGUAGAUACUCCUGAAAACAUGGUCUCUGAGGAAAAGGGAUCUGUGAAAGUCACUUCCACAGACAGUUCAACUGAUGAUCCCAAAGGUGACCUUAACAAGACAGAAUCAACUGAAUCUGUUCCCUCCAAAAGGAAGCGGUCACGUAGAAACAGAAGGCCAAAGAGAAAGAAUGCUAAAAGGGAAAACUCAAAUCUCAAGCAAACUGAGCCCAAGCUCAAGGGUAUAGUUGAGGAUACUAACUCUUGUGCUGACAGCUGCAAAGCGGGUUCUUCCAAGAAAAAGCACGCUCCAAAGCACUCAGUGACAAAUAAACUGAAAAGACGUGAUCAGUUCUCGAGAAUAACACAAGCCGAACUAGAUGUCUUUUUCUCAAAAAGACAGACAUGUUUUAACUGUGGGAUUCCGGGACACAUCGUAAGAAACUGUGUUCAUCGUCCCUACUACUCUAGGAACACGUACAAUCAGAAGGCCAUUCUCUCUAGUUUUAUCAAACAUCAAUGUCCCAUGGCAAGGCCUUCUGACAGAGACUGGAAUCUUGCUAAACAAGAAAAGCAAAAGUUUUUAAAAACAGACAGAUUUCAAGACAAGACGAAAUCAUUUUCAUUAAACAGAAAUGCAUCGGAAGCUAAAAAUUGGAGACCAAAAAGUCUCGAUAGAUCCCAGUCUCCGUGUUCACAACCGUCAACUUCUACCGCGCCACCAAAUAUCACAAACAACGAUAAAAACUAUAUGAUCUUUCGCGAAGUCACCUACACAGAUAGCGAUGGUAAACUCAGGACCUCUAUGGCCUGGGUUCCAGUCUCUAACUGA